ACAAUCUCUACCAUAAGUUUAACAAGAUUCAAUUCACAAAGUAACUUAAUUAAGGUACUUUCUAUAAGGAGUUAGCUAUAUAAGAGACAGUCUUAUAUGGACUAUAUAGCCUUUGAAGCUAUCAUGCUACCUUCUAUGGAAUCACCCCACCAAGUUCACGGAAAAUCGACAUGAUUCAUUAUGAGUUCAAUUCAAUGGUCUCAUUCUCUUCGAAUAGCUAGGCCUUUUGGCUUACUAUCAACGACUAGAACUCAACUUCAACCUAUACAGUCAAGUCGGAUUUCACUACCCCAUCAUGGACACCAACCUGGAACGAGAUCUUUCCAUUUAAGAUCAAUGCUUGUUGUCGCUUCACAAGUAACUCAAGAAACUAUCAUCCACCUCCAUAGUGUCACACAUAUACCAUGGUUCUUAUGGAUUCCUUGUGUAUCACUUGGAAUCAGUCUUGUGUUCCGAUUACCAUCUAAGGUAUAUACACGUAGGAUCACCCAGCGUCGAGCCACAUAUCUCCCAGUCAUACAAGCAUGGAGUUGGCGUAUUCAAAAGAACAUCGCCGAGGAAAAAGUAUGGCCGUCGCGGGUUAAAGAUGAGAUACGGAAGAGGUACAAGGAUGUAACCAAGAGGAUAUAUCGCAACGCAGGACUUCAAGAAUGGAAAUUAUACACUGGAAUCCUUAGUUUCCCUUUCUGGAUCAUCGGUAUCGAUUGCAUUAGGCGGAUAUGUGGUGGUCCAAAGGGCAUCGUUGGAAAUAUCCUCACUAGGCCUAGUGAUGCAAAAAUUUCCGGCACACAAGAAACUGUCCAGGCUGCUACAUCUCAAACAGAUAAUAUGGGGGCAUCUAUCGACGGUGUCUUGGCAACAGCAACUGAAAACAUAAGGAAUCUACCUGACCCUAGUAUUACGUGGGAAGGUUGCCUCUGGUUUACCGACCUAUCCGUUUCCGACCCCUAUCAUAUCCUUCCUACCGCUUUAUCUACUAUGUUAGUCAUUAACUUAUUGCCAAAGACCAAGAAGGGGAUAUGGCAGUUACUUGGUCUCAAAUACGAAAACCAACCCGUGAUAGAAACGCAGUCGGCCCAGAUACAACUCAGAUUACGUCGAAUUGUUAUCUUGCUAUCUGCUAUGAUAGGUCCUCUUACGGCAGACCUGCCUGCUGCUUUGCAUCUCUACUGGCUAACAUCAGCCGUGAUGCACGCUAUUACAGACUGGGUGAUGUCACGCUUGAUGCCAAUUAAAGCCAGAGGUGUUGAGAGAUGCCAGGGGACGGAAUAUUCUUACCUACAACCAAAACCCACUGAGAAACAAACAUCUCAAACAAAACAGGAAAAGGCUACGAAAUGAAGUAGCAAACUAGCUAAAGGGAUAUUUGAAGUUACGAGUCCAAGGCAAUCUUAUGAAUUGUAUCGACAGGUGUAACUAUGUAAAAAUAGUAUAUCAAGGCCGAUAAUUGGGAUUUCCCAUAAUUCAGAUCACACUCAAAUCAAGGUUCUUGAAGGGUGUGGUUGAGUAUUUACCCAGAUCCGAUCUCAAAAACAACAAAUACAGAGACGAUCAACUCUUGUCAAUUAUGGCCUGCAACAAUCCUACUAUGAUAUAC